UGUCUUAUUCCAUUGUGGUUUUCACUGAAGAAAACACAGUUUCUGCUGUACCAUCAUAUUGGUUUCGCGCAUCAACCAAGAAGUGUGCUUGGCCUAAGCCAUCACAUACGGCAGCUAGUGUGUCAAGAUUAAUAGCAAAAAGAACUCCCUACAAUUCAAUUGACUUUAACUUAUUUGAUGCAAGAGUUCUUAAGAAUAAUAUAGGAUCAUAUUUGGAUGCACAGAAAAUAGCUAAGACUGCUGUCUUAACAUCAGAUUUGUCUGAAUGCGAAAAAAGUAUAGAGAAAAAACGAAAAAAUAAAGAGCAAGAACCAGCUUCUUAUAAAAAUCAUGAAAAAAAAUGAAAAAAGUGAAAAAUCAAAUUGUUAUUCCACAAUAUCACUCUCAAUACAGUUCAAGCUUUUCAGAAUUUGAUGAUUCAGAUAAGGACAUCUCAUAUGCUGAACCGUUGAAGAAACCCAUAUUAUCACCGUCUAAUUCUAGUAUUGGUUUCGAGAUUGGAAAUGUUGACAAUAAUAUAAAUAUAAACCAAAAAAAAAUGAACAAUGAAGAAAUAGAGGCUUUCCAACCUUUGCAGACUGAUAGUAAUCAAUUAAUGACUAUAAUUGAAUCAUUAGUGGUUAAAGUUGAUGACCUUGGUAAACAGAUAGCUGGACUACGUUAUGAUAAUAGAUUUCUGUUUGAUUUAGUAGAAAAUAUUGAAAAAAAAAAAUGGAAAAAUUAA